CUGUUCAAAUUCGAUACUUUGCUGUUACUGUUUUUCUACUGAGAACGAGGCUGUUUUUUUCCAAGAAAAAGAAAAAUAAAGAAUGCCCCUCAAAAUUCUCGUCCUUCUCUUUCUCUCCCUCUCACUGUAAUAAUUGCAUUGUCUUGUUCUUAAGUUAGUUUUGUCUCAUUUUUUGUGUCGUUCUCGUUUUGGUUUCUGGAGUUGGGCUUCUAGUCUCUGUCUUUCUCCUAUUGUCAUGUUUUAGUGUGUGUUGUGUGUAGACUACUUGUGUGAGCAUCACAGAGGUAAACCAAAGAAAAGAAAAAAGAUCUAAUCUUGAUUGUUUGGGCUGCUGGAAAACUGAAAAUAUUUAUGAAAACCGGGAAUGCCCAUUUGCGAUCUUUGUCAUAUUUUGCAUUAGAAUUGGAGUAUAGAAGCCAUUGAAGACAGAGAAAGCUAGCUGGUUCAUAUUCUUGAAGUUUUUGUAUUGGGAUUUUCUCUUUGAUAUUUCAGCAAAGAUCAGAUUUUUUUGGAAGAGGGGAGCAGCAAGGUGAAGUGUAUGAAGAGUGCGCAUGUAGAAAUAGGUGGAAACAACAAUGAAAGAUGAUAAUUCCAAGAAAAGCAAGUUCUCAUGGUCAAAGAAACUGGUUAGAAAAUGGUUCAAUAACAAGUGCAAGAGUGAGGAGAUUCAAGCUGAUGGAGCUGUUUAUGGAGGUUGUGAUAACGAAUGGAGGAGUAGCUUCCCUGAAAGAGAACCUUCCACAAUCAAGAAAAGUCGAACUGCAGAAAAACCAGGGAAGAAUACGGAGCGUUCCUUUUCCCCUUCACGCUCCCGUUCCAGGCGGGGGCGAGGUUAUCUUGAUCACCCCCAGAUUUUGAAUAUCCAGAACUAUAGUCUUUUUGUGUCGACGUGGAAUGUGGGAGGAAAAUCGCCGAACAGCAAUAUGAACUUGGAUGAUUGGCUGCACUCGGCCCCUCCUGCGGACAUAUAUGUUCUUGGGUUUCAGGAAAUAGUUCCUCUGAGUGCUGGUAAUAUUCUGGGAGCUGAGGAUAAUGGCCCUGCCAAGAAGUGGCUUGCUCUUAUCAAAAGAACAUUAAAUAAUGCUCCUGGCACUAGUGGAGGCAGCGCCUGCUAUACUCCAUCGCCUGUCCCUGAUCCCGUUGCUGAGUGGAAUGCUGAUUUUGAGGGAUCGACUCGGCAGAAUGCCUCAGCUUUCUUCCAUCGUCGUUCGUUCCAAACUCCACAAUAUUGCUGGAAUAUGGAAAAUGAAACUUCGAUCUCACAGCCUCGUCUGGAUAGGCGUUUUAGUGUUUGUGAUCGUGUAAUAUUUGGUCAUAGGCAAAGUGACUUUGAUCCGAAUAUGAGAUGGGGUUACAGACCAAGUGACUGUUCCUCUAGUCAGCGGCCGAGUGAUUAUUCUUCCACCCGCAGACCAAGUGAUUACUCCUCAGGUCCCCGACCAAGUGACUAUUCCUCCAGUCGGCGGCCAAGCAACUACUCCUGGGGUCAGAGGCCAAGUGAUUUCUCUAGAUUGGGCUCGGACGAGGAUUUUCUGCCAGAUGAUUCUCCCAGCACAGUGUUGCACUCACCAAUGUCGUAUAGUACAUAUGCACCAGCAGACAAUGCAUAUGCAGCGCCGGGAAAUCCAAGAUACUCUUUAGUCGCAAGUAAGCAAAUGGUAGGCAUUUUUCUUACUGUCUGGGUGCGGAGCGAGUUGACGGAACACGUCCACAACAUAAAGGUUUCAUGUGUUGGUCGAGGAUUGAUGGGCUACCUCGGUAAUAAGGGAUCCAUUUCAAUCAGCAUGUUGUUGCAUCAGACCAGCCUUUGUUUUGUUUGCAGUCACUUGACGUCAGGUCAAAAAGAAGGCGACGAACUGCGUAGGAACGCCGACGUCAUGGAGAUCCUAAGGAAAACAAGAUUUCCAAGAGUUAACAGCACCAACGACGAAAAAUCCCCAGAGACCGUCCUUGAGCAUGAUCGAGUUAUUUGGCUUGGAGAUCUGAACUACCGAAUAGCUCUGCCGUACCGGUCUGCCAAAGCACUUGUUGAAAUGCAAAACUGGAGAGCAUUGUUAGAAAAAGACCAACUUCGGAUAGAGCAGAGACGAGGUCGAGUUUUUGAUGGGUGGAGAGAAGGAAAGAUCUAUUUCCCGCCAACGUAUAAAUAUUCACAUAAUUCAGAUAGAUACACCGGCGAUGAUAUGCACCCAAAGGAGAAACGAAGGACGCCCGCAUGGUGCGAUCGAAUUCUGUGGCGAGCAGGUGGCCUCCAGCAAUUAUCGUAUGUCCGGGGGGAGUCUAGGUUCUCGGAUCAUCGACCCGUUUCUAGUGUUUUUUGGGCUGAAAUCGAGUCGGUCCACGACAGACUGAGGAAAAGCACGAGCGGCUCGAGCUCCAGAAUAGAGGUGGAGGAGCUGUUACCGUACUCACAUGGUUAUACGGAACUCUGCUUCUUCUGAAGGAGGCUUAUCUGCUGCGUUUAAUAUCAUGUGUUGGAGGUCGCACAUAUAUAUUGUUGGUUGCAGUCGCCCAAGUGAAUUGCUUUCAAGAAAUUCAACCUGAAGAACGACGGUGACGUUCCUUUCCACUAACCAAGAAAGAUGUAGAUACUUGCAAUUUUGCCCGCUAACGUUGCUCGAUAACCUGAUGACCUCUGAACCUCUCGAUUUAGUUUCGGUACCGGCAGAAAUAGCCGUCCGGACGAGGUACCAAGAUCAUAGACGUUGAUCAAUCCUCACUUUCCGAACAUCUUAUGAUUUUCGAUCUUGAAGAUUCUUUUAAAUUUUUGGGAUGAUGGAUUCUUGGACGAGGAGGGAAGUAGAGAUGGUCAAAAUAAUCAAUCCCAUUUUUGAUCUUUUUUUUUCUGAGUUUUUGAAUUUUACAAAUGUAAGAGAGAAGUGAGAAUGAGAUGUUGGUAAGGUGAUAUUGUUGCCAAUGAUUUGUUACUGAAAAGUAGUUUUUGUUGGUUGGAACACAA